AUAAAUCUCAAAAGACUGGAAACGACUGCGUAUAAGUCCGUGACCUGGUUACCGGAGCGUAACUUCUCCGGCGAAUUGGACAAUUUUGAGAAAGACGGAUUAUGGACUCCAUGGAAGCUCCAUCUCUACCAUUUCAAUCUCCCUCUCGUUCCAGUCAACAAUUGCAUUUCUACCUCGCCGUGGAUCGUCCCCAAUUCAAAAUGGAGACUGUAGUGGAAUUAUUAGGCGUUCUAGGUCGUCGUCCAUGGCUUCCGAUUGUAGUCUGUUGCAGCUCUCGUGACGAACUUGACGCCGUCUGUUCUUCCUUAUCCACUCUUCCUUACAUUUCCUUAGCCGCUUUGUACAGCGAUCUAGCAGAUAGAGAACGAGCUAUGGUUAUAGAGAAAUUCAGGCAAGCAACAAUCAACUGGAACCAGCAACUUAACUCUGUGGUAGAAGAAGGUUUGGAAGAGAGUGAAAACGGAAAAGAAGAAAAGACAUCUCAUUUGGUAGUUGUGACCGAUGUUUGCCUUCCGUUACUCUCAUCAGGAGAAUCUUCUCUAUCCGCACGCGUUCUCAUAAACUACGAGCUUCCUACAAAGAAGGAAACAUAUACAAGGCGUAUAACAACUUGCUUAGCUUCAGGUGGAAUAGUCAUAAACAUGGUUGUUGGAGGUGAAGUAACGACUCUCAAAAGCCUCGAAGAAAGCAGUGGCAUACUCAUCGCUGAGAUGCCAAUCAAUGUAUACAGUAGAACCAAUCAAUCAAAGAAAAAGCAAGAAACAUUCUGCUGUUUUUAUCUUAGGUUAAUGACUUCAAAUGUGCUUUCUUAUUGCAGAUUUCUGAAAUCUUAUAACAACACAUGGAUCUCCGAUCUGAAGAAUUCUAAAUGGGGUUAAUGGCUCUUAAGCCUUUUGAAGGACUAGAGGAGAUGAAUGGUGGAUUGAUAACGCUUUAUUUGUUUGAUUGUAUCCAGAUGUCUCUUGACCAUUGCGCUCAAAUCAUCAAAGCCAAACUUAUUGUAAAACCAGUUUCUUUUUUUCUUAUAUUAUUAAAGAAUGUUGAAACGAAAGAAAGUUUUGUUCUUUCUCUUGUGUAUAUUAUCAACAUACAUGUACAUCAAAUUGCAAUUUUCUUUUGUAGCUCCCUACUAGUU